AUGCUUUGCGCCAUGUUGAAUCUUCCCCCUCCCAACUUGGCUAGAGCAAAACACACUAAAGUAGUAUCAGCAUGUUUAGAAUUAGUGGCUGAAGAAUCAAUGCAAAGAGCUACCAAGGAGGCUGUGCAACAAAAUGAUGGUGACUCAGAUAUUAGCGUAGCAUUCGAUGGGACGUGGCAGAGACGCGGUUUCAAGUCAAAGAAUGGGGUUGCCACUAUCACCAGCAUUGACACUGGUAAAGUCCUUGAUUUUGAAACUUUGACCAAAUUUUGUAGUGGCUGUUCUAAAGCUAAGACCCCGGAACAAAAACAAAAGCAUGCACCACAAUGUGUCAAAAAUUAUGAAGGAUAUAGCGGAGGGAUGGAGACGCAGGCUGCAGUAACGCUCUUCAAUCGCUCGGAAUUAAAACGGAAUGUUCGCUAUGUCAAUAUGUUAGGGGAUGGAGACUCUAAGGCCUACUCCUGUGUAAAAGAGAGUAAGCCUUAUGAUGAUGUAGAUGUAUCAAAGCUGGAGUGUGUAGGCCAUGUCGAGAAGCGGAUGGGUACGCGCCUCCGAAAUCUGAAAAAGACAAUGGGUGGAAAAGAACUUGCGGAUGGUAAGUCUCUAAAAGGGCGAGGGAGACUGACUGAUAAAGUCAUUGAUGAGCUUCAGUCAUAUUAUGGCAAUGCAAUUAGAGGAAAUACAGACAGCCUAGACAAAAUGUAUAAGGCAGUAUGGGCUACCUUUUAUCAUCGCCUCUCCACCGAUGAAAACCCAUGUCACUCAUACUGCCCACCACCACCUGACACAUGGUGUAAAUAUAGAAAAAACCCAGAAGGGUAUGAACACAAAAAUCCAAUACCUGAACCUGUUAUGCAAGCAAUAAAAUCCAUCUAUGUAGACCUAAGCAACAAAAACUUACUGAAAAAAUGUCUUCAUGGGCGUACUCAGAAUGUGAACGAGUCGUUCAAUAACGUAGUUUGGUGCCGAGUGCCCAAAAAUAAUUUUGUCGGGAAGCAGACUCUGCAGUUGGGUGUUCAGGAUGCUGUAAUAUCCUUUAAUGAUGGGAAUGUAGGUAGGCUGAGGGUUUUGGAAGAAAUUGGUGUCCAAAAUUUGGGCAAAAAUACCAUUUCAGUUCUACAGAAGUUUGAUGCGGACCGAAUUCGAAAAGCGGACAGGGCUGCGGAACUAAUGACCAAGGAGGCAAGAAUAAAGAGAAGGAGACAACUGCUAGAAGAAGAAGAGGGCCAUGGAGAUGACUACUGCCCAGGAGGUUUUUAA